UAGACAAACAUUUUUACCACCACCACCCCCACCCCCUCCUUCAUUGCACCCUCAUCUCCACCAUGGAAGCCAGCGCAGGACUUGUCGCUGGUUCUCACAACCGGAACGAGCUUGUUGUCAUUCAUGGCCAUGAAGAGCCUAAGCCCUUGAAAGAUUUAACCGGUCAAGUUUGUGAGAUAUGUGGUGAUGAGAUUGGCCUCACAGUCGAUGGAGACUUGUUCGUGGCUUGUAAUGAGUGUGGUUUUCCAGUCUGCCGGCCGUGCUAUGAGUAUGAGAGGAGAGAAGGCACUCAACUUUGCCCUCAGUGCAAAACAAGAUACAAACGACUCAAAGGGUGUCCAAGGGUGGAGGGCGAUGAUGAUGAGGAAGAUAUCGAUGACAUUGAACAUGAAUUUAACAUUGAUGAUGAACGAAACAAAAAUACUAAAAUUGCUGAAGCAAUGCUACAUGGAAAGAUGAGUUAUGGACGAGGACCAGAAGAUGAAGAAGCUGUCCAAUACCCUCCUGUCAUUGCUGGUUUCCGCUCUCGGCCUGUGAGUGGUGAAAUUCCUAUAUCGACUCAUGCUAACGGAGAGCAGAUGUUCGGCUCCUCCCUACACAAACGUGUGCACCCAUAUCCAGCUUCUGAGCCUGGAAGUGCAAGAUGGGAUGACAAGAAAGAGGGAGGUUGGAAAGAAAGAAUGGAAGAUUGGAAGAUGCAGCAAGGAAAUAUAGGGCCAGAAGCUGAUGAUGCUGCAGACGCUGACAUGGCUAUGGUAGAUGAAUCGAGACAGCCACUGUCAAGGAAAGUACCAAUCGCAUCAAGCUUGGUAAAUCCUUACCGGAUGGUGAUUGUGGCUAGGCUCGUGGUUCUGGCAAUCUUCCUCCGAUAUAGAAUCCUGAACCCUGUGCAUGAUGCACUUGGCCUCUGGCUCACUUCAAUUAUAUGUGAGAUCUGGUUUGCCUUCUCAUGGAUUCUCGAUCAGUUUCCCAAGUGGUUUCCAAUCGAUCGGGAGACUUACCUGGAUCGCCUCUCUCUCAGGUACGAGAGGGAAGGUGAACCUAAUAUGCUUGCCCCCAUUGAUGUCUUUGUCAGUACCGUGGAUCCAAUGAAGGAACCUCCUCUUGUUACCGCUAAUACAGUUCUCUCAAUAUUAUCAAUGGACUAUCCCGUUGAGAAAAUCUCAUGCUAUGUAUCUGAUGAUGGAGCUUCAAUGUGUACCUUUGAAUCACUAUCAGAAACUGCAGAAUUUGCUCGAAAAUGGGUUCCCUUCUGCAAGAAAUUCUCUAUAGAGCCUCGAGCACCUGAGAUGUACUUCUCGCUGAAGAUUGAUUAUCUGAAGGAUAAAGUGCAGCCGACCUUUGUGAAGGAGCGAAGAGCCAUGAAGAGAGAGUAUGAAGAGUUUAAGGUUAGAAUCAAUGCUAUGGUGGCUAAGGCUAUGAAAGUUCCUCCAGAGGGGUGGAUCAUGCAAGAUGGAACACCAUGGCCAGGAAACAAUACUAAGGAUCAUCCUGGUAUGAUUCAAGUCUUUCUAGGUCAUAGCGGCGGCCCCGACGUUGAAGGAAAUGAACUUCCUCGGCUUGUUUAUGUUUCCCGUGAGAAAAGGCCUGGUUUCCAGCAUCACAAAAAAGCUGGUGCCAUGAACGCCCUGGUCCGUGUCUCUGGUGUUCUUACAAAUGCUCCAUUCAUGCUGAACCUGGAUUGUGACCACUACGUAAACAACAGCAAGGCUGUCAGGGAAGCAAUGUGCUUCUUGAUGGAUCCACAACUUGGAAAGAAGGUUUGCUAUGUGCAAUUCCCACAGAGAUUUGAUGGAAUAGAUAGACAUGACAGAUAUGCCAACAGAAACACGGUCUUUUUUGAUAUUAACAUGAAAGGGCUCGACGGAAUCCAAGGUCCUGUCUAUGUUGGCACAGGAUGUGUCUUCCGAAGACAGGCUUUAUAUGGCUAUGAACCACCAAAGCGUUCUAAGCGCCCAAAAAUGGUGAGCUGUGACUGUUGCCCCUGUUUUGGGCGGCGUAAGAAGCUUCCCCAAUACACUAAACAUGGUGUCAAUGGAGACAGUGCAGUUGAAGGAUUUGAUGACGAUAAAGAGAUACUGAUGUCUCAAAUGAAUUUUGAAAAGAAGUUCGGACAGUCAGCAAUUUUUGUGACUUCAACUUUAAUGAUUGAAGGUGGCGUUCCACCUUCAUCCAGCCCAGCUGCGCUGCUCAAAGAAGCUAUCCAUGUGAUCAGCUGCGGCUACGAAGACAAAACAGAAUGGGGUACUGAGUUGGGUUGGAUUUAUGGCUCUAUCACAGAAGAUAUCCUAACAGGGUUCAAGAUGCAUUGUCGUGGUUGGAGGUCAGUUUACUGUAUGCCAAAACUAGCUGCAUUUAAGGGCUCUGCUCCGAUCAACCUAUCAGAUCGUCUCAACCAGGUGCUUCGGUGGGCUCUUGGUUCUGUUGAGAUCUUUUUCAGUCGACAUAGCCCUGCCUGGUACGGCUAUAAAGGAGGAAACCUAAAGUGGCUUGAGCGAUUUGCAUAUGUUAACACAACCGUCUACCCCUUCACCUCUUUACCUCUGCUUGCUUACUGCAGUCUCCCCGCAAUCUGCUUACUGACAGGAAAGUUCAUAAUGCCAGAGAUAAGCACCUUUGCAAGUCUAUUCUUCAUUGCGCUCUUCCUCUCAAUUUUCACUACUGGCAUCCUUGAGCUAAGGUGGAGUGGAGUUAGCAUUGAGGAGUGGUGGAGAAAUGAGCAAUUUUGGGUUAUUGGUGGUAUCUCUGCUCACCUGUUUGCUGUCAUACAAGGUCUUCUAAAGGUUUUGGCUGGGAUUGACACCAACUUCACUGUCACAUCUAAGGCAUCAGAUGACGAUGACUUUGGUGAGUUAUAUGCCUUCAAAUGGACUACCCUGCUCAUCCCACCAACCACUAUUUUAGUAAUCAACCUAGUUGGUGUUGUUGCUGGGAUCUCCGAUGCCAUAAACAAUGGAUAUCAAUCAUGGGGUCCUUUAUUUGGAAAGCUCUUCUUUGCCUUCUGGGUGAUUGUCCAUCUCUAUCCAUUCCUUAAAGGUCUCAUGGGUAAGCAGAAUAGGACGCCCACAAUUGUCAUCAUCUGGUCGGUACUUUUGGCUUCUAUAUUUUCCUUGCUCUGGGUCCGAAUUGACCCGUUUAUACUGAAAACCAAGGGUCCUGACGUAAAACAAUGUGGCAUCAAUUGCUGAAACAAUCUCAAUUUUCAAGUGAAUGCUGCAUUUUGUGGACAGAUGCGUAUACAGUCUGCUGUUGAAGGUGUAAUGUAUGACCAAGCAAAGAGGAAUUACAAAAGAAAGAAUAAGUCACCUGUGAAAUUUUUGUUUAGCAAAAGAAUGAUACUCAAUUUUGUAUAUGACAAACAUAGGCGUGCUUAAGAAGUUUUCUAUUAAAAAAGUUUGCAGCUUGGAGAUCAA